CAUCCUUCCGUCGUGGCACGCGCGCGGAACGCUUGAACACUGCUCGGCGUUUCCCUGGAAAAAAGGGGAACACUUUAAAUGGUGCCCGCAUUGGUACCGCGCUGCCAUAGAGACGGAAAAGCGGAUAUGCGGAUUAGUGGCGUUUAGUGGGAGAGGCGGACUUUGCGCGUCCGCGCACUAUUUUAUAAACACGUUCAUAAAAUAGCGCACAGCCUAGUGUCGCCGCACAGUGCCGCGGAUGGCGAUGUGUGCGAGCGCGGCGGAGACGAAAGAGCGCACCGACUCUUGCACCCGGUGGCUGGACGCGCACUACGACCCGGUGGCGAACCUCUACACCUUCUCGUCGUGCAUCGCUUUGGCUGAUCUCCAUGGUGAUGGAGAAAAUAAGCUCGUGGUGGGCGAUCUGGGCACCGGCGCGUGCAACAUAAAGCUCAAGGUGUACAAGGGAACCAGCCUGGUGAGUGAGAACACGCUGCUGGACCUGCCCACCGGCCUCGUGUCUUUCCACAUGGACCAGCAUGAGCCCCGUACGCCCGCCAUAGCCGUGGCCUCGGGGCCCUUCAUCUACGUCUACAAGAACCUGCGACCUUACUUCAAGUUCACGCUGCCGCCUCUGGAGGUGAACCCGUUGGAGCAGGAGGUCUGGACCCAAGCCAAGGAGGACAUGAUUGACCCAAUGUCUCUGAAAGAAAUGUUGGAGGGAAUCAGGGACAAAGCCGACAUUCCGCUUUCAGUGAGAUCCUUGAAGUUCCUUAUGCUGGAUCCUCAGGAAAUGGAGACGUACGUCAACCUGCACAAGCAGCAGCCCCUCCGAAGACAGACGGUCAUCACUUGCAUCAGCACCCUGAAAAAGAACAUGGCAGAAGAAGAUGCGGUCAGCUGCCUGGUCAUUGGCGCAGAGAGCAAGGACAUAUAUGUCCUGGAUCCAGAAGCCUUCACUGUCCUCUCCAAGAUGUCUCUGCCCAGUGUUCCCACCUUGAUUGACGUGACCGGGCAGUUUGACGUGGAAUUCCGCAUCACUGUAGCCUGUCGGAAUGGCAACAUUUACAUUCUUCGAAGGGACUCUCCGAAACCGAAAUACUGCAUCGAGCUGACGUCCCACCCAGUGGGACUGGUGCGAAUUGGGAAGAAUGUGGUGGUGGGCUGCGCUCAGGAAACACUGCUCAGUUAUACCCAAAAGGGGAAGAAAUUGUGGACUGUUUAUCUGCCGGCUCCUGUGAUGACCAUGGGCCUGAUGGACCACCACACCAGGGGCUUCCAGGCGGUGCUGGUGGGCCUUUCCAACUGCCAGGUGCAGCUGUACAGGGACAAGAACCUUCUCAACAUCGUAAAGACUCCGGACGUCGUUACCAGCAUUUGCUUUGGGAGAUUUGGCCGAGAAGACGGGUCUCUGAUAAUGACGACUAAAGGGGGAGGACUGAUUGUGAAGAUCCUGAAGAGGACGGCUGUGUUUGAUGACAGAGAUACGGCCCCUGGGCCCCCUCUUGCACAAAGCAUUCGACUGAACGUUCCCAAGAAAACAAAGCUUUAUGUGGACCAGACCAUGCGGGAGCGAGAGAAUGCCGUAGCCAUGCACAGGGCCUUCCAGAUGGAUCUGAGUCGACUGCGCCUGGCAUCAGCACGAGCCUAUGUCAAGGCCCUGGAAUCCAGCCUGACGCCCAUGUCCGCCAGCCUGUCAGAGCCGCUGAAGAUGAAUGCUGUUGUCCAGGGGCUCGGACCCUCCUUCAAGCUGACCCUCAACGUCCAGAACACAGCUGCCUGCCGCCCCGUCAUGAACCUUGCGGUUAGCUUUCUGUACGACGAAGCACUGUACAGCAUGAGGCCCUCCUUCUUCAAGAUCCCCCUUCUGGUUCCUGGCCUCAACUACCCCAUUGAUGCCUUUGUGGAGUGCCUCGUUGACAAAGGGAUCUCUGACAUCAUCAAAGUCUUUGUGCUGCAGCAAGGGAAGAGCGCACCGCUUCUUACUGCCCACAUCAAUAUGCCUGUCAGCGAGGGACUCCCUCUCAACUGAGAGACCCAAACCUUCAAAUACACACACACACACACACACACACACACACACACACACACACACACACACACACACACACACACACACACACACUCAGCAGGAAAUGCACAUCCCUUCCUGCAUCUGACCAGCCAGGACUUGCAUCACCAGAUGGUGUAGAUAAAAGGAGGUGAGGUUCAUGUGUGCAGCUGUAGGCCUGUGACCCAUCCUGCUGCGUGCAGCGUGCUCUGUAAGUUUUCCGAAGCCGCCGAAGAGUACUGUAGGUCUAGGAUGAGCUCUGCUGGGGGCCGGAGGCAGGCCAAUGGAGCGCUUGCGUUGGUCAUCACAGUGCAGUUCAGUGUAACGGUAGACAAAGUCUGUUUUUACAGGCUUUUGAGAGCAGUCACCGUGGUUUCUUUUUUAUAUAUUAUUAUUCAUGUUACACACUGGCUCCUUGGGUGAUGAACCCAGUUUUUAAAGAUUACAUUUUCCAGAUUGUUCUUAAUUACAUGUUCUUCGCUCACCUAUUUCAUAAAACCUGUCUGUAUCGGGGGAGCAUGACGUGUGUCCCAGCCGACAGGCGGCAGUAAAACACACCCAAAGUGUGGGAUGACUUAAUCCAGGCGACUUCCACGGUGCUUACAGCUCUUCGCUGCAGUUGCUAUAAAUAAGAUUACAAACGUGUUCACAGGGUUAAUCAGCCAGUAGCCGUCAUUUAAUAGGAGUUUGUAGAGAUGAUGUUUCUAUGUUAAUUAUAUUAGCUUUAAUAUAAUUUUAAAUCUUUAUUAUAUAUGCCUCGUAUUUUUACAGAACCUAACCUGCAGGUAUAAGGACAUCUGUAUUAUUCAGCAUUAUUAGGCUUAUUAUAAUAAUGAUAGCAUUUAUUGUGACUUGGGGGGUAGGACUAUCUGGAAAUCCAAACAAAAUGAGUUGGAAACAUUCACAUUCCAACUGUGUAAGCUGAUGAGCCAGUGUGUGGUUAUUUAUGUACCUUUUUUAGUUUACAGUAGUCUGUCAUAUAUACGUCUGUGUAUGUAAUGUAUACAUGCUGCUGUUACGAGCUCGUCUUUUUGUGUAUUGGUUAAUGCCAAGAUUGUCUGUCUGUCUGAAGAUUCAUUAUUUAUUUCUCCAGCUUAUACUUCUGUACAAAGCAGUUUACACAUUUUUAUAGCUGGGUGUCUGCUGCCCAUGAUAUAAAAUGUAUAUUUUGAGUUGCAAACAAUGAAUAAGUGAGCCCAUUUUCUGAAAAUGCACUGGUUUAUUGGAUCCCACUUUCUGUUGAUCACAGGCAACAGAAACAGUUCACUCACAAAUAUAUGCAGUAAUUUCCAGGUGUAAAUGAACUGAAAACAACAAUUUAAAAAAAUACAGAAAAGCAAUUCCAGCACUGAGUCAGCUGGUAGCAAAAGUACGUAAUAGGUUGUGCGAAUGGGUACUAUAGUACGCACCACUGGGUUUCUCAACCCCACUCCCAGUCCAGGAAGAGCAAGGUGACUGAUGAUAGCUGACAGACAGGUAAUGGUGACUGUUGUUACUGAAGACAAGCUGUUUGACAUGCAAGGUUUUUUUUACUGGAUCUGCAGUGUGAAUUAGAACUUCCACUUUACCUUGGCAUUAAAAAUUAAAUAAA